UAAAUAUUUUACCUCUCAAUGAAUCGAAAUCAAAAAUGGUUAUUUUUAUUGUUUUCGAAUCCGUUUUGGCUGUAUCCAUUGAACAUGCAUGUGGAUUAUUUAAAAAAAUUGGUUUACAUGUGCAAAAAAUUAAUUGCAACAACACCGAAAGGGAUAAUUUGAAAGCGCUGAUUUAUUGCGUUUCGGAACAUAAUCGAGCAAUUGAAUUUUGUAGCAGUAUUAAAGCUCUCUACUUGCCCUGCUUUAUGUUUUUAGUGACAUUAAAUAGCAUUUUUAUUUCUGCUUCUUUGAUUCAGAUUGUUGCACAUUCAAAUAAUUUCAUAGUAACUGUAAAAUAUUGUGCCUUUGUUGGAAAUUCUGUGGCUCAUCUAUUUUUUAACACACUUUUUACACAAAGAAUAAGGGACUAUAGUACUGGUCUUACAGAUACUGUGUAA